CAGCUGGCUUCCUCUUAAUGACAGAGAGAGAGACACCAUGGCCAGAGAGAGAGUAACAGCCGCCCGGGCCCUUUGCAUGAGGGGAUAUCUGCUCACAGCUCUCUUCAGUGUCUGGAUAAAUCUGAUCUAUGGAAUCAAUAUUCAGCUGAUUCCUAAAAAUCCAGUGGUCAAUCAGUCUGUCACCCUCAGAGUCAGUGGGGUCAGCGGGGCCAUUCUCUCUUUCUCCUGGUAUGGAGGUUUAUCAGAUGACGACAAUAUGUUCCUAAUAUUAACCUACAAUUUAUCUUCUUACCCUGUGGAGAAACGAGGGCCACUGUACAUUCCAGGGGCCAGGGGCCUUCCAGAUGGAUCAUUAAAGAUCUCAAAACUUUCUACUGCAUAUAGAGGAAUUUUCACAGUGGGAAUACAAGCAGAAAGUUUCCCAACCAAAGGAAGUAUUUACCUACCUGUAUUUGAACUACUGACUAAACCAGUGAUCAGCAUAGCCAGCGGGCAGCCAGAGGAAUAUAAAGAAGUCACCCUUCUAUGUUCUUUCAGGUCAGACACAGCAAGAGUCUUUUGGAGCAGACUUGAUGGCAUCAUUCCUUCUGGAGUUAUAUAUAGAGCAAACAGUAGAACUAUGACUAUUCCCAGGUUCUCACAAUCAGAUGCUGGGCAGUACCAGUGUGAAGCAGAGAAUCCAAUCAGCAAGAAUAUAAGUGAGCCCUACACACUGUCCCUAUACUAUAAUAGACCUCAAUCAAACAACUGUACAGCCAUUACAGUCACCAUCAUCUGUGGGUCCAUCUUGGGGACUGUAUUCAUCAUCUGUGCAACGUUCCUACUGUACAAAAAAUAUGUGACGGGAAUAAACAGAGUGGAAGUAACAGCAGGACAAUCAGUUGAUAGAGGGAUGGACCCAUCUCAAAUAUAUGAUAACAUUCCCAAUACUGCAGGGGUUCAGUUUGCAAAAAAGGAAUCUGAAUACACAGGACUGCAGCACCCAACUCAGAAUACAUACAACGAGAUGAAACGAUAAUGUGAUACAGAGAAUGCACAUGUACUACUGGUGUGGGGAAAAUGUGUAUCUAUGUUUAUAGGCAGUCUGAGAUGUACUCUAUGUAAUAUAGGAAAUGCUGCUGGCUGAAUGAUGUACAGUAGAAGGGGAGCAGAUUGGAUUAAGACUUAAAGAAGCAACACGUUACAAACAUUACAAAUAUUUGUGUAUAUUAAAUAACUCCAUUAAUAAAACCCUAUACAAACAA